AUGAAACGAAAAUUUGAAUCGGAUAAUAUUCAUAUUUCAUGGCGAAAUAUUGAUGAAACUAUAAAUCGUAUAUCAAAAAUGAUUAAUGAUCAUGAACGUUUUCUAACUGAAAUUAAGCGAACAAGUGGUGAUGGUUUACAAGGUAUUCGUAAUGAAUAUAAAAGUCUUGAGAAUUUUAAAAGAACAUUAGAUAAUGAUGAUAAAGAAAUUCAAAAAAUUGCAAAUUGUCAUUCAGUAAUUCUUCGUUUAUAUCCAACAGCUGAUUCAAAUAAUGAAAUCCGUAAUAGAAUAAAAGAUCUUAAUCAUCGUUGGAAAAUAUUAAAUGAAACAGUUCAUGAAACACUAAAACAUCUUAAAUAUAUGUUAAGUAUUCAUGGUGAUUUUCAAUUAACACAAGAUUCAUUAUUACUUUGGUUAACAGAUCUUGAUGUACUUUUAACAAAUCUUGAAUAUUUAUCUGAAGCACCAACAAAUGAAAAAAUUCGACAAUUACAUGAUAUGGAUCGUGAAAUUCAAGAAAAACAAGCAAAAAUUGAAUAUGUCCAAAAAUGUGCUAAUUAUUUACUUAAUAAAACUGUUGAUGCUCGUGGUUUAACAAUAAAUAUGAAUGAAUUAGAUAAAUUUCUUCAACAAUUAAAAAAUUUAACAAAACGUAUUAGAAAAUUAAAACAAAAUUUAAUGAAUCCAAGUGAUCGUCAUUUGGAUUUAAUGAGUUCAGUUCGUAUUUCUACAUCACCAACACAUAAACGUUUAGCUUCUCCAUCGCCACCAAGAUCUCGAUCUCCAAAUCGUUAUCGCCGUAAUCGAGACCGUUUUCUUUGUUCAUAUGAUAAAAUUGAAUUAGAUGAUUGUCGUCAACGUGCAGAUAAACUUUUAGCUGAUUUUGAAGAUAUUCUUCUUCAAAUGAAUGCAGAUUUUCGUUCGAAAGAAGAAAUUUUUCAUUCUCCAAUACCAAUGGGCGCUCAAAUUGAAAACUUAUCUAUGGAUUUUACUUAUAAUCGAAUAUUAACAUCUACUCGAAGAAAAAUUGAUGCAUUACGUGAAUUUAUUCUUCAAAUAAAACAAGAAUUAGGUGCAUACUUAA